AUGGCUUCGAACGGUAUUCCCACCUCUCCUCCUGUUAGGGCGGCUCCCGUACCUCAGUCACCGACUGCCCAGCCAUUGCCAUCUCAGACGAAACAUCAAGAUGCUUCUGGUUCUGACACCGUGGGCGCAGCUCUCCCUUCUACCCUAAGCGACAACCGAAACAUUGUCCGAAGGAAGCUUACGGGAUACGUUGGUUUCGCCAACCUUCCCAACCAAUGGCACCGCAAGAGUGUCCGCAAGGGCUUCAACUUCAAUGUCAUGGUUGUUGGUGAAUCGGGACUUGGAAAGUCGACCCUCGUUAACACUCUUUUUAACACUUCGCUGUACCCUCCCAAGGAGCGCAAGGGACCUAGCCUCGACAUUGUUCCCAAGACUGUCACCAUUCAGUCUAUCAGCGCCGAUAUUGAAGAGGCUGGUGUUCGCCUCCGUUUGACCGUGGUUGAUACUCCCGGCUUCGGCGACUUUGUCAACAACGACGAGUCUUGGCGCCCUAUUGUGGACAACAUCGAGCAGCGCUUCGAUGCUUACCUGGAUGCCGAAAACAAGGUGAACCGCAUGAACAUUGUGGACAACAGGAUCCAUGCCUGCGUCUUUUUCAUCCAGCCCACCGGCCACUCUCUCAAGCCCCUUGAUAUCGAGGUCAUGAAGCGUCUUCAUACCAAGGUCAACUUGAUUCCCGUCAUUGCCAAGUCGGAUACUCUUACCGACGACGAGAUUGCUGCCUUCAAGGCUAGAAUUCUUGCGGAUAUCAAGUACCACAAAGUGCAGAUCUUUGAGGGCCCUCGCUACGAGCUUGACGACGAGGAGACCAUUGCGGAGAACAACGAGAUCAUGUCCAAGGUCCCCUUUGCUGUUGUCGGUGCGACCAACGAGAUCACAAACGCCGAUGGCCGUAAGGUUCGCGGUCGCCGUUACCCUUGGGGUGUGAUCGAGGUGGACAACGAGGAGCACUGCGACUUCGUGAAGCUCCGCCAGAUGCUCAUCCGUACUCACAUGGAAGAGCUCAAGGAGCAUACCAACAACGUCCUUUACGAGAACUAUCGCACGGACAAGUUGAUCGCUAUGGGCGUCUCUCAAGAUCCAAGCGUCUUCAAGGAGGUGAACCCAGCUGUCAAGCAGGAGGAAGAGCGCGCCCUCCACGAACAGAAGCUUGCGAAGAUGGAAGCCGAAAUGAAGAUGGUCUUCCAGCAAAAGGUUGCUGAAAAGGAAUCCAAGCUGAAGCAGAGCGAAGAGGAGCUGUAUGCUCGUCAUAGGGAGAUGAAGGAGCAGCUGGAGCGCCAACGACAGGAGCUCGAGGAGAAGAAGUCCCGAAUCGAAAGUGGGCGGCCGAUUGAGAAAGAGCCGACGAAGAGAAAGGGAUUCUCUCUCCGAUAA